AUAAUCUCCACGCAAACCGUUUUGUAUAUAAAACAAUCACAGCUGCUGUAAAAAGCAAUGUUGGCGACGUCGUUCUGGUACUUCUUUUUCAUCGGACUGUGUAUUUUGGUGAGGAUCGUUAAUGGACGGCGCGAUGUAAAGUUCAACUGUACCCUGACGGCUAAUUACUAUGAUUGCUUAUUCCGCGAUGUGAUUAUUCGAAGUGAAUCCGAAGCGGACAGCAUAUUUUUCGGCGAACAAAACUUCAACGAUACCAGCAUCGCAUUCCGCGAUUCUUCGAUGGUUGUGCUGCCUAAGAAAGUGUUCGAAACAUUCCCGGCGAUCCAAUAUCUUUCGAGUGAUGCAUGUAACAUACAAAAAUUACUCGGUGGAACGUUUGCUAAUGCUCAGCGAUUACAAGAGCUCCAUCUGUAUAACAACAAGAUAUCGAAGCUCAACAACUUUGUGUUUAAUGGAGCAUUGCAAUUAGAAAUAUUGUCGCUGUACAAUAACACGGUCAAAUACCUCGAGGAGCAUGCAUUUGAUGGACUGGGUCAUCUGCGACAACUUUACAUGGAUGAUAACUUGAUUGAAAAACUUCCGGAGAGCUUGUUUUCCGGUUUAGAAGAGCUUCAAAUUUUGGAGCUGCAAAACAACAAAAUCAAAGAGAUAAACGAUGAUCAGUUUAUUUUGUGUUCCAUGUUACGAGAAUUAAAUUUAUCUGCAAACUUGAUAAAUACAUUCAACAUGACACAACUGAUCGGAUUGAACAAACUGGAGACGCUAGAUAUCGGGAAGAACUAUUUGGAUGAAGUUUUCGUUACAAAAUACUUGCGUACCCUCAACGCACAGGAGAAUCAAGUCAGCCGCAUACUAAUGGAUCAGGGUGACUUUUUCCAACUCACUCACCUCAAUUUAUCUCGAAACAAUAUUGCCAACAUCAACAAUAUUUUCAAGUUUCGUAAUCUAAUUGAUUUGGACGUGUCCUACAACGAACUUAUCACGCUGGACUUUGUCAUAUUUGCCUUUAUGAAGAACCUCAAGGACAUCAAGCUGAACAACAACCGCUUGUGGAUAAUCGAUAACGGCAUUCCGGCUCCUGCCAAGUCCCUGCGAAUGCUCAACCUAGCCCACAACAAGUUUCUCUUCAUCGAUUUGGCCGUUUUCGAUACGUUUCCGGCCCUGGAGAACAUCUACCUCCAUGGAAACGAGCUAAUCGAUAUGCGUAUCGAAGAAGUCGAACAAAACUUCCCCUACCUCUCGCUGGUUUCUACCGACAACAACGACUGGGAUUGUAUCAAUCUGAUGAACAUCGUUACCACCCUGGAGCGUGCCUACGUGAAGUGGUCGACCGGCAACCGGAACUGCACGAAGCCCGAGCAGCACAAGUUUAUCUGCUGCACCUCGAUGGAGCAUCACCUGCGGGAGAAAAUCGUUCGGCUUACCAAGGAGAUUUACAAAUCGCGUAAAAUGAUAAAGCAGCUUAUUAUGGAGAACGCCGAGCUGCGAACGGAGGUCGAAAUGCAAUUUCUCCCGUCCGGUGAAUAGAACAACUAUUCGUGGGAAAACUGUGGAAAGCUGGAAAAAUGUGCGAGAUAAACUUCCAGCAUGGCAUGCAUCUCUACUGAUUGUUUGGUUAUGAUCCGAUAAGGGACAAAUGGAAAAAUUAAAUUGCAACUCGGAUAUGUGCGGCAACGUAUUGUACAAUUUGAAAUCGUUCAUGUUCUUGAUCGCAUGUCAAUAAAUUAACGUUUUGUAUUUCAACGUAUGAUAAUUAAAGUUUA